AUGAAGCCGCACCCCCCGCCGCCGCCGCCGCCGGGCAGCCGGGGGUGGGGCGCGGGCGCGACGGGCCGCCGCCGGGCCUUCGCGUGCGCCCUCGCCGGGGCCGCCCUCGCGUUCGCGCUCCUCUGCCUCUUCCACGGCGCCGCCUUCGGCCCCACCCUCCGCCUCCGAGCCUCGCAGGUCCAGGCCCAGGCCCCGCUCCCCGACGGCCUCGCGCUCUCCUCCCUCCCGGUGUGCGACGCGAGGCACUCGGAGCUGAUCCCGUGCCUGGACCGGGGUCUCCACCACCAGCUCCGCCUCAGGCUCAACCUCUCCCUCAUGGAGCACUACGAGCGCCACUGCCCGCCCGCGCCCCGCCGCCUCAACUGCCUCAUCCCCCCACCCGAUGGCUACCUGGUGCCGAUCAGGUGGCCGAGGAGCAGGGACGAGGUGUGGACGGCCAACAUACCCCACACGCACCUCGCCUCCGAGAAGUCAGACCAGAGGUGGAUGGUGGUGAACGGCGACAAGAUCAACUUCCCCGGCGGAGGCACCCACUUCCACCACGGCGCCGACAAGUACAUUGUGAACCUCGCGCAGAUGUUGGGGUUUCCAAAUGACAAGCUGAACAACGAAGGCAACAUCAGGAACGUGCUCGACGUCGGCUGCGGGGUUGCUAGCUUCGGGGCUUACCUCCUACCGCUGGAUAUAAUUGCAAUGUCGCUUGCUCCCAACGAUGUGCACGAGAACCAGAUUCAGUUUGCCCUUGAGAGGGGGAUCCCGUCGACCCUUGGUGUGCUGGGCACAAGGAGGCUGCCAUAUCCAAGCCGCUCAUUCGAGCUGGCGCAUUGCUCACGCUGUCGAAUCGACUGGUUGCAGAGGGAUGGGAUCUUGUUGCUGGAAGUGGAUAGGGUUUUGAGGCCUGGAGGGUAUUUCGUUUAUUCCUCACCAGAGGCUUAUGCUCAUCAUGAUCCAGCUAACCGGAAGAUAUGGAAGCAGAUGAGCAAUCUUGCUCAGAGGAUGUGCUGGAGGAUUGCUUCAAAGGAGGGCCAGACGGUGAUAUGGGUCAAACCAUUGACAAAUGGGUGCUAUAUGAGGAGAGAGCCCAGAGCACUUCCUCCCAUGUGUGCCCAUGAUGAUGACCCAGAUGCUGCUUGGAAUGUCCUCAUGAAAGCAUGCAUAACUCCCUACUCCAAGAGAGUUAACAAGGCUAAAGGAGCCGAACUGCUUCCCUGGCCACAAAGGCUCACAGCACCACCCCCUCGUUUGGAAGAGAUUGGAAUCAGUUCAAAGAAUUUUUCUGAAGACAAUGAAAUUUGGAAUUCUAGAGUUGCUCAGUACUGGAAACUUAUGAAAUCUGAGAUACAGAAGUAUUCCUUCAGAAAUGUUAUGGAUAUGAAUGCUAACCUUGGCGGAUUUGCAGCAUCACUGAGGAAAAAGGAUGUCUGGGUAAUGAAUGUAGCCCCUUUCAUGGAAUCUGGAAAACUGAAGAUCAUAUAUGACCGUGGUUUGAUAGGGACAAUCCAUGACUGGUGCGAGUCAUUCUCGACAUACCCUCGUACCUACGACCUCCUUCACGCGUGGCUCCUGUUCUCUGAGAUGGAGAAUCAAGGCUGUGGCCUGGAAGAUCUGCUGAUCGAGAUGGACCGCAUCAUGAGGCCUCAUGGGUACGCCAUCAUCAGGGACAAAGCUGCUGUCAUAGACUACAUCAAGAAGCUUCUACCCGCGCUGAGAUGGGACGACUGGUCAUCUGAGGUGAAACCAAAGAGAGACGCACUUUCGUCAGAUGAUGAAAGAGUCUUGAUCGUUAGGAAGAAGCUAUGGGAUCAGGCAGCGCAGGCGGCUUCCUAGCAAGCAGGCGCAAAACUGCUCUUGUUCUGAUCUUAUUAACUGUCGUUUCCCAACUCGUAGCUGUAUUAUAUGGUAGUUCUCUGCCUCUUCCAUUAGAACUUGCACACACUAUCCUUUCUCCGCAGUUUUGUGUCUGUGAUGGAAUGUUCACAGAAGAGAUAGGAGGAGUAUGACAUGAAGAGUUGCAGACUUCAAUGGUUCAGAAUUCACAGGACAAUAUGGUCGUCGAAAAAUGCUAAUCUCACUUUCGUAAAUUGAUGCCAUUUUAGAAUUGACA